ACAGUGAUGUCGCCUCUAGAACAUCGCUGUUCUGGUCAAAUUUUUCAAAAAAAAAUAUCCGUUGCACCUGCUUUAAUUGCUCCAACAGCUCUUUUUUCAAAUUUUUGAACGUUGGCCACCCUCUCUCCUAUAUAUUUGGACCCCCUCUUCUCUUUUUUACACACACAAACACAAACUUCUUCAAUCUCCUUGCAUAUUUUAUCCUCUCUAACAUUCUUUUUGAGAUUUCUUCAUCACCAUGGCCAAAGAUAAGAACAGGUCAGGAGCUUCCGGAAAAUCCAAGGCCAAAUCCCGGGCACCGGUAACCAAUCCCGAGGAUCGCAUUGACUACGGCGACGGGACGUAUCUCUGGUUCGAUUCCGAGGAGGAGCACACCCGUUUUCUCACCUUCUUCUCUAAACGGGUUGUGGCUCCCUCACGAAUCAUCCCGGAGCGUUACCCUGAGUUGCAGGGCUACGACGAUCUCGACGCGCAGCUUCAUCAAUCCGGCCUUUGGCCGUUUGUCUCCCGGGCACGCAAGGAGAUCAACCCGGCGCUGAUUCGGGCCUUCUACUCCAACCUCCGCCGUGAGGACGACGUGCUCUGCUCGCUCGUCAAGAGCACGCCGAUCGAGCUCACCGUGGAGCGGCUUGGACGCAUCGCCGGCCUCCCCUUCCAAGGCGACGAUGUGUCACACUAUGGUGGAGAGGAUUGGGUGCUCAACAACGAGGGCCUUAUUCUCAACGAGCUUGGCAUCACCGAGCUCAAACGCCAUGCCUCAGGCCGCCCAACCAUCCACUCCGCC